UCAGUCAUGCUUUUUAUUUAAUAGUUAACAGUAACUCAAGAAAUUAUUUUAUAAAAAUGACUUUCGUGACACCGAAAAACAUACUUAUGCUUUGUAGCAUUGCAAUAUCAAUUACAAUACAAGCAAAUAGUAUAACAGUUCCACUAGAAAAACUAACACUCGGUGAUACAGUAGAUAAAAUAAAUUUAAAUAAAACAUCCGCUGUAGUUUAUGGGAAUAUAAUAAAUUUUCAUGAUGAAACUCCAUCAUUUGUAAAAUCAUUAACGGAAUCUGUUAAUAAUCAUCCAACGUGGUCAGCAAUCGAGUACAGUUGUUCAAAAUCUUUGAGUUCACUUUUCAAUGACCCAGUUGAUGUGACUAAUUCACCAAUAAAUUUGUUUAAUGUAUUCGACAAACAAAAAUUGAAUCACGAAUCAUUUGGUAUUGAUAAAAAAUACUUAAACAAUAAGUAUACGUGCAUGUUAUUUGAGCUCUGUCAAUUUGAAAAGCAAAAGUAUAAAGACUUUGUUCAUUUGUUUGAUGAAAAAUUGUUUUCAAAAAAUAAGGAUGAUUAUUAUUAUUAUAAUGACAACCGUCGAGGUAUAAAACAUUUUGAUAUUCUCAAAUUUAGAAUACGCAAUGAGACACAUUAUAUAUCUUCUAUUAACAACGGAGACUGUUUAUUUCAGAUUUUUGUAUUCAAUACUGAACCAGAAGAUAUUUCGAUUGAUUACAAUGAAAAAAUUCCUGAAUACAAGAGUAAAAUCUUAAUGGCGAGCAAUAAUAAUACACUUGAAACAAAUGUGAUGAGCUAUUUAAAUAAUUACAAUAUAUCCCUCUGCAAAUUUACAUCGCACCCAUUACAAGUUAAGAGUAAUAUUAUAAGUUACUUAAGAAAUGAAAAUGUUUUGAGUAUCGAACUAACUGUGCUUCCUAAAUUACCGAGAUCUUUGAAUUCCAAAGAAGGUGAUGGUAAAUUAUUGGCCACAGACUCAAAGUGGACGCAAAUGAAGCCAGGAGACACUUUUAAUAUAAGAGACAUCAAAUCAGAUUCAAUUUUGAUAAAUGGAAACAUUUUGAAUUUUUUGGUUUUUGAUAAAUUUGACUACAGGAACUUUAAUGACAACUAUCAAAUAACUAAUAAUUCUUACAUAAAUUCGAAUUAUAGAUCACAAUGUCGUGAAUCUAUAGUAAAAUAUUAUAAUUAUGACAGUAAAAAAAAUGUUGAAAAGUUGACACCAUUCGAUUGUUAUUUACAAGAGGAAUUUUAUGGAAUCGACAGUAAAUUUUUAAAUGAAAAUUAUAAGCGCGUUGAAGUAAAAAUUUGUCGAAUUAUUGAAGAAGAGAAAAUAAAAAUAGAUCCUUUCGAAAUUGUUUAUUUGGAUGAAAAGUUCAUAGAUUUUGAAUACAACGUAUUCGAUAAUGAAAAUGUCGUCAUACAAUUUCCAAAAGGAAACGAGACACAUUAUAUUUCGUCAAUUCAAUUUGGUGAUUGUUUGUAUCAGGCAUUAGUGUACAAGCUGAACGGAAAGUUUACAGAAAAACCAAUCCACGCUGGCAAAAUUUUGUCAGCGAGCAAAGACAGUAAAUUAGAAGAAUGGGUCAAAACUAAUCUUAUGGACAAUAAUUUGAAUCAAAUCUAUUCCAAUCAAACAAUCAAAGAUGAAGUUAUAGAAAAACUGGGAAACAGAGUUCUACUAAACCUUAACCUACGAUCAUUACGUGAAAAACGUUCUCCACCAUAUUUAGAAUUUAUUCAAUUUCAUAAUUUCACAAACUUGUCACAUGACUUACCGACAAAAAUUCUUAAAAAUUCAUCACAAGAUUUGCCUACAAUACUUUCCAAAAAUUCAUCACAAAAUUUACCCACAGAAACUCCAGAUAAAUUAGAUCCAAACUUUUCAAGUUCGUUAAAAUCUUCGUUAUUUAAUAUUUUGUUACUACUGACUAUCAUGACAUUAUUAUUAGUUUAAUUUUAUCCCUGGUGGAUUUGAAUCACGGUGGAAACACCGUGGAUCCACUGUGGUUACGCGGUGGGUUUGUGCCAUUUGGUGUCACGCUUAAAUAACCGCAGACAAAAUAACCGCGACAAAAUAAGCGAAUGAUAAAAUAACCGACAACAAAAUACACAAAAACCGUGAUAAAAGGACGGUUAUUUUGUCUUUGGUUGAACUGUUACGCAACCGUGCAAUUUUACCACCGUGUUUAUACGGUGUAUCCACCGUGAUUACACAGUGUAACCACCGUGAUUAAACGGUAUGCAAACUGAUAUUUGUAUAUAAUUAUAUAAAUUUUUAUAGUUCAAUUUCAUAUAAAUAUAUAAAAUUACAUUAUUUUGUAUAUAAUCUUACAUAUUUAUCUAUUCAGUCAAAAAACUUAGAUAUAAUUUUUGAAUUUUUCAUAUAAUUUUAUAAAUUUAUACAAAAUUUUAAAUGAUCAUAUAAAAUUUUUAAUAAUUGAAUUUUAACAAAUUCUAUCUAAUAGGAGCGGCUGAGGCAGCCGUUCGGCACGCACGUGGCUCGGGCGAUCACCGAAGUUAAGUAGCAUCGAGCAUGGUUACUAUUUGGCUGGGUGACCGCUUAGCCACGCGUUGGGCUCGAACGAAGGUCUCUGAUCGUUAGGGGCGGGAUGAAGAGCCAGUGAUCGGUAAGAUGGGAAUUUUAUCGACCACUGGAGCUUCACCUAAUAGUCCAGUCGGCAAGUGAUUUAAAUGGCGGUCCUAGUAGAUUAAGCGAGGCGGAGACCGAUUUUGACGAUUUUUUUUUUGAUUCCGCACUAAAAAAGGAUUUCCAAAAAAGUUGAACAGGUUUCCCGUGUUGCUUUUGAUUAUUUAAAUAUUUAAAAAUUAGUACUUAGUUAACUUUUAAAUAUCUCGGAAACUAUAGGGAAAUCGGGAAAAAAAAUUGAGAAUAAAAUGUAGAGAAAUAAUCAAAGAAAAAAAUGAAACCAAUCCGAAGUCUAUACGACUAAUAGUUUACGAGAUAUGAUUUUUUUAAUGCAAAUUAAUUUUUCGCCGCGCGCGCGGGAGUAAACAAUUACCUGGAACUUUUUGAAAAAUGCAUAAAUUAAUAAAAAUUUUUUUCUAAUUCGUAGUUCUUACAAUUCAAGCCGAUAAACGAAAAGUUUCAAAUCGAAAAAAUAAUUUUUUCGAUUUUUUACAUUAAAAAAACCAUUUUUUGGUUUUUUGGAUUUAAAAAAUCAAAAUUACCAAAAAAAUUUUUUUGAUGCAAAUACAAUUAUUCUAUUAGUUAAAAUAUACUCCCUAAAUAAAAAAAUAAUCUAAAAAAAAAUUUUUUUCUACAAAAAACAAUCGAUUGAAAAUUUUAAAUUUUAUGUCGCUGGCCCUAUCCAUUUAAUGAGUAAGACAGAGAUAGCAAUAUAUGUCUGUCACUCUAAUCGCUGGUCGAGCGCCGCUAGUGGGGGAUUCACAAUAAUAAUAAAGAUAUAUACGGUGGUCAUGAUUCGAAAUAUCCAAAUCGUUUUAUUUUUUUUUUAUACUCCAAACUUUUGUAAUAGAAAUUUUUUUUUUAUUCAAAUUUAUUUUUUUUUUCUUUAAUUUCUUCUGUGUGUAAACAAAUUUUUUUUUUUACAAAACUUUUUUUGCAAAAAAAAAAUUAUUUAUCUGAAAAAUUAAUUUUACAAAAACUUUUUUUUUAU